AUGGCGGGCUCAGACGCACCACAGGCUUAUGUCUUUUACAACUACAACCCUAGAUGUCUUUUCGAAUGCGUUGGCUACGUCGGUCGAGCCCUCUCAGCGAACGAAGCGCCCGACUUCAGCAAAAACCCUUACAUUAUCCAAUCUAUCCUGCUUCUACUUGGGCCAGCGCUGCUUGCCGCAUCUAUUUACAUGGUCCUCGGUCGACUUAUUAAGCUUUUGGACGCAGACAAUCUCUCAAUCAUUGGUCCAAAAUGGUUGACAAAGGUCUUUGUGACUGGCGAUGUCUUGUCUUUUCUCGCUCAAAGUGCUGGUGGUGGCAUGUUGGCAACAGCAAAGGAUCGAGACGGCGUUAAGCGAGGCGAAAACAUCAUCGUCGGUGGUUUAGGCAUUCAGAUCAUUUUCUUCGGGUUUUUCAUGAUCGUGACCCUCAUCUUUCACCUCCGCAUCAACCGCAACCCUACGCAGAAAUCGCUCGAGAUUGCAACUCAUUGGAAGAAGCUCCUCUUCGUCCUUUACGCAGCCAGUCUGUCCAUCCUCGUUCGAUCCGUCUUCCGUGUUGCCGAGUACAUCAUGGGUAAAGACAGUCAGCUCCAGUCUCAAGAAUUCUGGAUCUAUGUUUUUGAUGCUCUUCUCAUGAGCUUAGUGGUCGUCUCCCUCAACUGGUUCCAUCCUAGUCGCGUGAUCAAUGGUGCGUUGGACAGGACGCGGAUUGUGAGUCAGGAUGGGUAUGCGCUGGAGAGUCAACCCUAUGAGAGGGAGAGGAGCCAACGACGAUACUCGUUGUCGCCUGUUCGACCAAAGUACAAUAACUGA